AUGUUUUCCUUCUUCUUUGGCUUCUCGCAAAUCGGCGCCGACUCCAUUCCCGCAGGCAUCAUCCCCAAACGACAGGUGGUGGGCACAGGAGUGACCUCUUCAACCAGCGAAGCACCGACCGCCAGCGAAGAAUCAUCCACCACAAUGUCCGCCACGUCCGCAGAUCCCCCCACCACCACGCCCACAGCAUCCUCUGAGCAGGAGUCGACGACAGCGGCGCCGACGACACCGACAUCCUCCGCCGACCCCACCCCUACAACCUCCGAUGAGGUGACCACUCCCACCUCCGAAGCGUCGACAUCCGAGCGAACAUCCACCUCCGCAACAGCCACGAGUGUGGAAAUCACCACCACCAAUAGUGCAGGAUCCACCGUGACUUCGAGAUCCCGAGUAACCAGCGCUACCUCGUCAGAUACAUCGUCGGCUGUCGUGGUGGUGGGAUCCGAGACGAUCAACCGCUCCACCCUCAAAUCAGCGACGGUGGUCAGGUCCACCUUGUUUCGUUCAUCCACCGUCCAAUCCACCUUCACAUCCUUCUCCACCGCCGCGGAUGGCUCCGUUGCAAGCUCUGUCAUCACCUCCCAAACAGUACAGUCCGAGGCCACGGGAGUUGCAACCUCCACAAUCACUCCUUCACUUCAAAACAACAGCGGCGGAAGCGGCGGUCUUUCCUCUUCAAGCAAGAGCAUCAUCGGUGGAGUUGUUGGUGGAGUAGGUGGAGCCAUUCUGAUUGGUGUCAUUGCAUUACUCGCAUGGCGCUUCUACGGCAAGAAGAAGCGUCAGCAAGACGCCCAUAACAGCUGGGUGGGAAGCACGCCGGUGGACACGGCGCCCAAGGAGGAAGAAGGAACGGGUGCAGAACGCUACCACAACCCGAACGGUGGCGUGAAUACUGCCAGCAACUUUUGA